CAAACAGAUCCACGCUUCCACCAAUUAUCAAUGCUAUGGAGGUUUACAUGAUAAAAGAAUUCUCACAAUCAUCAACUCAACAAAACGAUGUUGAUGCAAUCAAGAGGAUCAAAACAGGAUACGCAGUGAGCAGGAACUGGCAAGGAGAUCCAUGUCUCCCAUGAAUUACCAAUGGGAUGGCCUGACCUGCAGCCACGAUAAUUCCCCUUCUAUAAUAUCAUUGAACCUCUCAUCUAGCAAUUUGUCCGGGAAUAUACUUCCUUCAUUUUCAAGUCUCAAAUCGUUACAAAAUCUGGAUUUAUCAUACAACAACUUGACUGGACCAGUACCAGAAUUUUUUGCAGACUUGCCAUCUUUAAAAACCCUAAAUUUAACAGGGAACAACCUAACAGGUUCGGUUCCACAGGCUGUUAUCGAUAAGUUCAAGGAUGGAACUCUGAGUCUUGGCGAAAAUCCAAAUCUUUGUCAGUCAAACUCGUGCCAAGGAAAGAAGAAGAAGGAGAACAAGUUCCUUGUUCCUGUUCUUAUAUCCAUUCUGUCUGUAAUUAUCCUGAUCCUCAUAGCUGCCCUUGCAAUCAUCCGGAAGUUGACCAAGAGGAGAGAAACUAGAGCUACAACCAUAGAGACGGUCAGUGAACGCCCCAAAGAAGGGUCAUUGAAGUCAGGGAAUUCCGAGUUCACUUUCUCUGAUGUGGCAACUAUCACCAAUUACUUUAGUCGUACCAUCGGUAGAGGAGGAUUCGGACAAGUUUAUCUAGGCACUUUGACAGAUGGCACUCAGGUUGCCGUCAAGAUGCGUUCUCAAUCAUCAAUACAAAGCCCCAAGGCAUUACAAGCCGAGGCGAAACUCUUGACGAGAGUUCAUCAUAAAAACUUGGUUCGUCUAAUUGGGUACUGCAAGGAUGGUACACACAUGGCUCUCAUUUAUGAAUACAUGUCCAGUGGAAACUUGCAAAACAAGUUAUUAGGGAGGGAAGCUGCAGAUGUUUUGAAUUGGAAACAGAGACUUCAAAUUGCAGUAGAUGCAGCACAUGGAUUGGAGUAUCUACACAAUGGCUGUAAGCCACCAAUAGUCCACAGAGACAUGAAAUCUUCCAACAUUCUAUUAACUGAAACACUGCAAGCCAAGGUAGCUGAUUUUGGGAUGUCCAGAGAUCUUGCAAUUGAAAGUGGAGCUUUCAUAUCAACUGUCCCUGCAGGCACACCUGGAUAUCUGGAUCCUGAAUACCAGUCAACGGGAAUUUUGAAUAAGAAGAGCGAUGUUUACAGCUUUGGGAUUGUUUUGUUGGAGCUAAUCACCGGCCAGCCUGCGAUAAAGAACCCUGGGAACAUUCAUAUAGUUGGAUGGGUUAGUCCUAUGAUUAAAAGAGGGGAUAUGCGAAGCAUUGUUGAUCCAAGGUUACAAGGAGCUUUCAACGCCAAUUCUGCCUGGAAAGCCCUAGAGAUAGCCUUAGCAUGUGUAGCAUUAACAGGAAUGCAAAGGCCAGAUAUGAGUCAUGUAUUGGAAGACUUGAAGGAAUGUUUGGAGAUGGAGGUGACUUCCAGGAGAAUUCAAAGUGUAGGUAGCCACAGCAUCGGAUCAGGCAAUUCCCUGGACGAUCUUCCCUUGAUUCUUGGCACUCAAUCGGCUCCCCGUGCUAGGUAGUUGUUGGACGCUCCAUUUUAGUGUGAUAAAUUUGCUUAAUGUUAGCAUGUGGGAAUAUGGAUUAUGGUGCACUCCUCUAUAUUUUGAAUUGUGUUCAUGAAACAAUCUAUAUUGGGUAAUUGUACCAACUUUUUAGGAUUUCAUUAAGUUGAAACAUGGUAGGCUUAGAUUUGCCUAUUUGGUUUCAUUUCUAA